CAUAAGUAAAAAUCACUAAUUUUUCUUUAGCGCAACAACUUCCAGAUAUCUAUCUGAGGGAAAUUGAUAACUACAAAAUUAUCAGAAUUAAAGUUCGGAUUUUUCACUAGAAAUCUCUCUCACUGUUAGUUUUUAUUAAAAGGAAUCGUGUGUUUUUCGUAAUUUCGGCGAAAUGGCAUUGGGGAAGAAGAAAUUAGGUGCCGUGAAAUUAUCAUCAAACUCGAAUCAAAACGUAGUGGGCGAUGGAAGAUUAGGGUUAGGGUUAGAGUUUGUUAAGUACAAGAGAGGAUUUGGGAGGAAGAGGGUUUUGAUUUCCAGUGGCAAGAUCCGAGAUUCCGGGAAACUUUGCGAAAAAACAGAAGGCAAGACUCGAGAGCUUGAAGCUCUCCCUCAUGAUAUUCUGGUAAGGAUUAUAUGUGGAGUGGAGCAUGAAGACUUGAAGCAAUUGUUUAAUGUGUCUAAGACUAUAAGAGAAGCUACAUUGAUCGCAAAGAAUUGGCAUUUUGAAUAUAGCACACCAAGGAAAACUCUGUUUUUUCGAGGUGGGUGUGAUUCUAUGAUCGAUUUGGGAGAUGAAAUCCAAGCUCCAAUACUGAAAAAGUACCGCUUUUCGAGGAUUAUCUGCGACAAGAAAUUUUCUAAGAUCUCAAUGGCUCUUUUCAAAUGAAUCUGACAACUUGGGUUUAAGGAUCAGGUUUUGCCUCCUCUUUUUUUUUGUUGGAGACCUGGUCAAAAGACUCGAAACUA